UUUCCCCCAUGCCAUCCCUCCCUGUCUAGCUUCCAGUGCGCUCGUCGGCACGAGAAAAGAGAGAAAGCGCUGAGAGUGUGCGCCAAACCCCCGUAACUCCGCUGAUUCUUGACGGAUUCGAGAAAUUUUUGCGGCAAUCGAUUCGGGAGGCAGUACACUCCGAUACUGAGGCCAUUAGAUCAUUACUUGGAAAAGUGGUUCAUGACCCCUUUAAAAGACUACACGGCGGUGAAUGGAGCUGAAGUUAAACAAAAGCUGUACCUUAGUGUGCUCGCAUUUGCACUUGAUUGUUUCACCCGAAUGACAUAUUUACUGGAAGUAUACUAGCCCAUUUAUGAGUUAAACUUCGAAGCUUCACUUUAUCAACGUACGUUUCUACUAGUGGCUGCUCAUUUCUGUUAGAUUAAGCUCCCUGGCGGUGCCGAGGCCCAUGCUCGCUUUCAUUAUUUUAUUUCAAGGCAUGACUUCAAUAUUUGCUUAAAUAAAAAUAAAACCUAUGUUAUUAAAAAACAAAAUGGCCGCCAUGGCAAAAUGUGUGUCCCCCCUCGGGAUUUUUCUGGAUUUACGCCACUGGCACUGACGGACACCGUUCAGCAUAAUACUAACAACCUAGGUUUUUAUUCAAGUUUAAUGGGCUGGUUGGUUUUAACUUUUAAGUGUUAUUGAACAUCAUUUUAUGGUGUAAAUUUACAUGAGAAGAAUGUGACAAACUGGAUAAAUGCCAAUUUUGGUGUUGUGUCGUGCUUAAACUUCCGCAGUAAAAUUACGUUGUAAUGUUUUACCUGUCGCUUUUUAAGGCGGUUUUCAUUGUUUUUUUUUUACUUGUAUCAAAUGCUAGCUCAUGUCAGAAUGUGCUAUUUUUGUUGAGAAUGGCCCCUGAGAAUGAUGUAGAAAGAUAAGACCAGAAUUGAAAGAAAAGAAUUGUUAUGAAUCGUGGACACGGGUACAUUUUCUUUUUCCUUUUUCUUCAGUUUCUGGCUUUUGUGCAUUUAUUUGCUUGUGUGUUCAGAUUUCGUGCUCAUUAGUGAUUAGGUCAUUUUCUGAUGCAUUUUCUCCGCUUGAUACACAUCUUGUACAUCUAUUGUAAGUGCACUUAACUUGUGACAGGCAGCUUGAAACUAAGAGGCCUCUUCUUGUUUAUUAUCUGACUGUUUUAGCUCUACCUCUUUCUCAUAUAUCAUGUGCUAUUUCUUGUUCGUGAAUGCAAGUAUUGAAUAGCUUCUCAGAACUCCAGUGAAUUAUAUGCUGUAUAUCAAAUGCGGUAUAUAUUUGGUAGGGAAGAUAACGUUUCUUGACUGUGUAGGACACCAUGACUACCACCGGCCCAUAGAAAGCUCAACAAGUGCAGCUAGAGCUCCUAGUGGACCGAAUCUUCAAGGCGGAGAUCCCAGUGGUCAGACCAUGAUGAUUGUUAAACAAGAGCCUCCAUCGACUGAUUCAAGUCAGGACAGCACUAGCAUGGAGACAUUGCACUCCGGGCAGCCUAAUGCCACUACUGGACAGAGCAGCCAGAUUCCCAUGGUGGUCCUGGUGGCUCCCAGUAGAGUGGAAACAGUGCGGGUGCCCAGCCCCCAUUCCCACAGCUGCCAUCUCUGCCCGGAAACGUUCGCCUCGAAGGAGCUCCUUGAUGUGCACCUCAACACCCACCCAUCGUACUGUCCGCACAAGUGCGACCGCUGCUCCGAGGUGUUCACCAAUGUGCGGCUGCUCGAAUUGCACAUGCGAUUUCACCACAAGUGCGAGUGCCUGUUCAGAUGCAGCAUUUGCUUGCUCUCCUUCGCGACUAAGAGGGCGCUCACCACGCACCUCACGAAGCACGACCACGGCAGGGUCCAGUGCAAAAUUUGCUCCGAGUGGUUUGACAGCUGCCGGGCCCUGCUGGACCACAGGACAAAGCACUUUGCGCUUUGACGACUGUAACAUCGCUGCACUUGCUCCAUGGCAUCUUUCUUGCUCUCUACACUUCCUACUUCCUUGUGUGAUAAGACUCAUUCGCACAAUACAUUUGUGAAAAUUGCUGAACUUAUCGGAAGUUCAGGGGAUGAUGGCAGUGUGUAAUUGUCAUAGAAACGUUACAGCGCGCACAGAGUGGGACAAAAGAAGAAAGCGCAAGACACAGCGCUCUGUCUUGUGCUUCCUUCUUUUGUCCCCGUCAGUGUGCGCUGUAACUUUUCUAAGAUGCAGUACCAACUAGCCCGCCGAGCCAUCCUAGUGAUCGUCAAAAAUAGGGAAUAUCACUGGAGUCAGCGAUUGUACAAUCCUCUUUUCGAAUCGUUGGGUGAUAUAUUCCCUGUUUGACGAUUUUCCCCCACUGAAGUAACUUAUUCGUUUGCGAACACUGUCACUUUUAAGUUAUCUGUACAUGUCGUAGGGCAUUUAAACUAUCACCUUUACAAAGAGCGUACUAACUUAAAGGGGCCCUGGACCAUUUCUCAGGCAUGAUGAGGAAACACUUUUCGUGGAUAUAAGGUAGCUGUGAAUAUCUCAGCUAAAUCUUGUAUUAAUCUACUAGGAAUGGUCUCAGCGAAGCGCAGAGUUGAAGCACACCCUUUUCAAACAGUGUGUGCAGCCACCAGGGAAAGUCAGUUGCUGUCAGCUGGCCGAUACCCACGCAGAGCUGCCCUCAUAAUGUACAACAUUUAGCGUGUAUCUCCAUUUAGCUCUAGUAUUUCAAAAGUGUUUAAAACAUUUUUUUUUCAGUAAUACAUUUCUGUGAUAGACUCUACUGCUUAUAUAGCAUUUCUGAUGCUUCAGGGCCCCUUAGAAAUGCUUCGGGCCCCUUAGAAGUGCAUGAUUUUCUGGGUGUUGUGUGCUGCGCAUACCAUGUAUAUGAUUUUGCCUGCUAAAACAACGACUGAUUCUCUCUCAAGUUCUGACUUGGGUACCAUUCUGCAGUGGGUUUAUAGUUUGCUACCAUGUUUGCCAGUAUUACCCACUAGUUUCAUUCACGGUAAAGAAAAUGCACGUGUGUGCAUCUGCGUUGCUUUUACUGCAGCUGAACGGUGGUGCUACUGUCAUUGCUAUGGUGAAAUGUCUGUUACACGAAACUGAGCACGCUGCGAUGCGCUAGCUCUGUGCGAAGUUUGAGUGGCAGUCAAGCUGUUAGUGAUCUUUUACCACUGAUUUUUGCAACCACCUUGAAAUUAAAGCAGUAUUUACUACAGAGGUGCACAAACUGAAUUUAAAAGGCCUUCUGCUGUUUCCUGCAGCACAGCUACAUGACACUGCGCUCCCAGCCUGUUAUUGUGAGCUCAAAAUGUGUUCUUUGCUCAUUUUUUGUCGAGUGACAAAUAUAGUACAUUCCUCUGUGUGUGCAAUGAAUUUGUGUACAGCACAUCGUCGCUAUGAUUGGACCCUCUUAUUAGUGGUCGGUGUGCAGUUGUGUUCAUAGCUUGCAUUGCUGUGCAAGUGCACUAUUUCCUGCUUUCUUUGUUAUUAAUGAGUUGUGUUCACACUUCUUAUCAUUAUAGAAAUGCUGUAAAUUUUGUUCACAUACGAGGUCAUUGUGCAGUUACAUAUAUGGUUUGUCUGGUUGUACAAGUGUGCUAAAUUUCACUUUAUGUGUCAUUAUAUUUGUGUUGAAACUUUUUAUCUUUAUAGAAAUCCUUGUUUCGCUCUGAAGUAAUGUGUAUGUGCACGUAAUACUUUAUUUGAUACACCUUAUUUCCUCUUACUUCUUGUUACUUUCACUUUGGAAAUAAAGCAGUAACCCUUUGAUA